AUGACUAACCCCCAUGUCCGCCCGCUAGUCUGGGGUCCCCACAAGUUACAACAAAAACUUGAACAAAGUCAUUUUCCAUCUAAUCGGGCCGUCCCAUGUUUUGUCUGCAGCUCCAGACUGAGUUUACAUCCCCGCGCAGCUGUCUAUUCCGUACAUUUAUUGCAUGCAUCGCAGCAGCACCAUUAUGCAGUCGCCCUUCGAGAAAUGCGAAGACUUCUUGGAUCCGGAUAUAAUGACAUGGAUAGCUACAAGAUGGCUAGAGCGUCGAAAGCUCGGGACCGACGGAUCCUUUGA